AUGCUACAAUAUGGGUUUUUAUGCUUAUUCAUCAUACCAUAUUCAUUAUUAAAUGCGCAAACCGAAAUUCCGGCUCAGGUUGUUACUCUAUUAGAUAAGAAAUCAUAUGUUGAAUAUAAAUUUAUUGAAUGGAAUUACUCAGUUGAUGGACCACAAUUGAUCUUGCCAAUACGUUUUCGUACUCGAUCAAUCAAUGGACAUCUGAUAACAUUAUCAGCACAAGGAAUUGAUGAUGACAGCAUAUUCAUUCUCUCUACAUAUAUUGAUAAUGCAGCGAUUGUUGUUGAUUUGGCCAAUGGAGAGCGGGAAGUUAUCAGGAAAACCAAGAAACAAUUACCCGGUGUAAAUAAUGGCACGGAAUAUUCGAUGUCAAUUCAGCUAAAUUUGGAAAAGAAAAUGUUAAAAAUGAUUUAUGGUGAAGGAACGGUAGAUUCGUAUAACUUUACUGAUGACAUCAAAGUUGAAAAUCGUAUGAAGCUUGCUAUAACAACUGGAAGCAACG